AUGAGCUCCGCUGUGCCGGCGAUAAAGUGUGAAGAUUCGCCGUCGCCGACAGCGCCCGUCGGCACUGAGGGGGAGGGGGGCGCCUUCAAGAUGAGCAUCAACGUGAACCUCAGCACCGCGAUGAUGAACCUCCUGGCGGCGGACAACGCGGGCCCAGCCCUGCGCACCCCUGAAAUCGUCAACGACGUCAUCACAAUGACCAACCCCCUCGACCAGUACAGCUACAACGACAAGAGCUCCAACUUCAAGGGCGGAAGCGGGAACGACUCCAACUCCUCGCUGUCCAACGGCUCGUCCGCAACCUCCCCAGCCUCUGGUACACCGCCCAGCAUACAAAAGACGUGUUCGGAUCUGAUCAAGGCUGGUUUGAAGUUGUCCAUAGAGUCGAAGCGAAAGAUGUCCGGCAGCGACACAGACGGGGGCCUGAAGCGGUUAAAGAAAGAAGAGAGCGACGAGGAUUAUGACAGCAGCCAUACGCAAACAGUAAAAAAUGAAGGGCUCACCCCGGAAGACGAGGAGCGCAGGCGGCGCAGAAGGGAACGGAACAAAAUAGCGGCCACCAAAUGCAGAAUGAAGAAGCGCGAGCGCACCGUCAACCUGGUGACGGAGAGCGAGGUUCUGGAAAACCAGAACCAGGACCUGAAAGCGCAGCUCAAGGACCUGGAGGUGCAGAAGCGGCAGCUGAUCGACAUGCUGUCGCUGCACGCUGCGUCGUGCGUCAAGAACGGCCAAAGCGCGCGGACCUCGCCGCCGGCUCCCUACGGCGUGGUCCGCUCGUACGAGCCGGCCGCGUUCCCCGCCAACUUCGAGCAGUCGCCCUACAUCCGCCCAGAGUCGGCCAACAUCCUCGCCUCCAGCUACACGUGCGUGACCCCCCUCGCCGACGCAGUGGACGCGAUACCGCUCGACACCGCGUACAUAGCGCAGCAGGUGAUCGACGCGGACUACAGGCCGGACAGCGUGCUCAGCCUGCCCAACGAGGCGCACUACAUAAACACAGACGGGUACAUGCCCAAAGCGAACCUGCUCGUGCCGAUCGACCACGACGAGUACUACGAGUCGGGGGUGAACUACAACCUGUCGUCCGCCCAGCCCUGUCACACCUAUCCGGGUACGCUGGCGGAAUCGCAGACGAAAAUCGGCACGAACCUCAACGACGGCUGCCUCGUU